UGACUGGCUAACGUGUUAAGGACGUGCAAACGAGUAAAAGGAUUGAAAUCAUCCAUCCACGAUAACGGUUAACUGUAACAGCGUCACUGACUCAGGCCAUUUUCCGCAUCGGGUUCUUCAAACCGCUUUUUUCCCUGAACCGGACGUCGGUGGAGACGGUCGAGCCUGGUUAAAGCCGCUGCUCGGAAAUCCCAAACCGGACGGCGACGGCAGCACUCGACGGAGUUGUGGAAUGCGAGUGAUCGGAUUCCGAAAUGGCUUCGAACCCUUCGCUUCUCCCUGAGAUCGGACCCGAUGGUCUCGCUAAAGAAGCUCCCGUCAUCGGCUACACCGAGAAGAUCAUCGAAGCAGAACAGCUUCAAUUGCAGAAAUACAUUCAAGAAAACUAUUCUAAAAUUCGCAAUGUGGAGCGUGAGCUUGCAAAUCUUUCACUGGAGAUGAAACUUACAGCUGGGCCAAAAAAAGCAGCUCUUGAACAUUUGAGAAAGAAAAUAGAGGAAUCAACAGAAAGAAUUCGUGUGGCCAAGCUAAAGGAAGAACAGACACGGAAGGUGUGGGAAUCAGCAUCAAAAGUAGUAAGAGAUGAGGAAGCAUUAAAGCAAAAGUUAUGUGAAGACUUGAGUAAUCUGGUUCAAGAGAGCAGUAACUCUCAGUUUGCUCGGCUGGAGGAAUUAAAAAGAAGAUUGGAAGCUUUGAAUCCAACUCGUACAUCAACUAAUCUUUAUCAUGAUGGAAGAUCAGGAGCGUCUUCUCAGGAUAGUACACCCCAACCUGGUUCCUCUGUUCCCAAUGCAAAGGAAACAAAUGAGGGAUCAACCGAGAGUGUUCCCAACCAAAGUAAUGGUCAGCAAGUUGCAGUGCAAAAUGGGCCUAAUCAGCAGCCUAAUGAAGGCGAAGGAAGAAGUAAAAGGAAAGUCAACUUCCAACCAAAAGGAAAGGGAAUUGGUGCUGUGGCCAAGGGUAGAUCUUCAACUCCUGGCUGGACUGGGGCUGGCUUCGAUGUCGAUGGCAGAACCUGAGAAUACUAUAGUAAGAUACUAUUGCAUUAAAUUGAUUUUAGUGAGAAGUCCAUACUUUCUGUGCAAGGUAUAUAUCCUUCGUUCCUCUGUUCUUGUAAGUUAUAAUUUGUAACCCAUUGACUUGGAAGUGUAAUCUUCUUUCACCAAUUAGUGUUGUUUUUGUGACAGUUUUUUUCAUCACUAAAUGUUAGUUGUUAGUUUUUAAUGAUUUGAAUGCAUGACCUCUUUUCCCUUC